CCAGAGAAAGAGAGAGGAGAAAAAGCCGACCAGUUAAAAUGUCUUGAAAAAGACGCGCGUAAACAAAUAAAUCAAUAGUCCGAUUCGAAUUUCGAAAUCGAUAAAAAGAGUGAAAAAAAAAUAUUCAAUUCAGAAAUUUUUGUUUUCAGAGAGACAGAGAAAUAAAAAAAAACCCGAAAGAAACAAAUCAAUUAUCUCGUUGAAAAUGUUUGAUUGUUAAAUUGGUUUGUCGAAAUCUGUUGAUGUGAAUCCAGAAAAAUCUCAUUGAUAUCCGAUUAAUAUUCGUUACGAAAAGACGACGAACACCGAAAUGAUGAAUUUUGGUGAUCAAUCAUCAUCAUCAUCAUCAUCGAAAAAUCCUAGAUUUGUUUCGAAUAAUAACAAUGAAACUAAUAAUAAUAAUAAAAUACAAAAUGAAAACAUUAAUUCUUACCCCGGUUUAGUAACAUUUGUACAAAUUGAUCAAAAACAGCAACAGAAUUUAUCAAUAACGACAAUGAACAAUUCAAAUUUGUUAACAAAUCUUCAACAGUCGCAACAAUCAACAGGUCGUUUUCCAUAUAAUGUUCAUCAACGACGAUCAUCACAAUCACAAUUGAUGCAACAACAACAACAAUCAACAAUAAAUCCAAUGGAAAAUUAUCAAACAUUUCAACAACAAAUUCAAUCGAAUGUAUUUGGACCGAUAUCGAAUUAUCAAUCGAUACAAUCGAUUAUUCCACAGCCACAACAACAACCACCAUCAUCGCUGCAACAACGAUUUAAUCAACGACAACAAUUAACAAAAAGUUCACCUAUGAUGAUGAUGAUGAAUCCUAAUAAUAAUCCUCAUCAACAUCAUCAUCAGCAUCAUCAUCAUUUAAUGAUGGCGCAACAGCAGCAGAAUGAUGCAAUAACAACAGCAAUCAUUCGUCCACCACCUGGAUUUGGUCCAACAUCAACAACGUCCGGUAUAAAUCAAUGGCAAUCAUCAACGAAUAUUGUACAACCAUUAACUAUGCAGCAACAGAUUACAAAAAAUCCACAUAAAUGUCCGAAUCUAAAUCGAAUGUUAUCAGCUUUGGCGAUGCAAUUUCAACAAUCACAACAAACACCACAACAACAACAAAUAUCGAUGACGCAACGAUGUCCACCAACUCUACAAUCAACAUCAUCAUCUUCGGCAAAUAAUAAUCAACAAUCUGUGAUAUAUGAUUUUGUUAAUCCAAAUUUUAAUCCUACAAAUAAUAAUGUCCAAUUUGGUAAUCAAAAUUGGCCAUCAAUACAACAACAACCAUUAUCAUCAAUGAUUGGUGGUCAACAACAACAAGGGCAACAAACACGUAUCAAUCAACAGAUAAUGAUGACAAGAUUGAACAAUAAUAUUCCACAAUCACAUUUUUUUCAACAACAUCAACGAUUAUCAAUGUUACAACAACCAAUACAACAGCCAAUACAACAAUGUUCAUCAAUAAUAAAUCAUUAUCUGGACCGUAUUGAUAAUAAUAAUGAUGAAAUGAAUAUUAAUCGUUGUUCAUUACAAUAUUCCAGCAAUAAUAAUAAUAAUCUUACAUUGAAUCCGAAUGCAUUGGAUUUCGUUCCCACCAAUUCAAACAAUAACAACAACAGUGAUCGACAACAAUCAUCGGAUUUUUUAGAAAAAUUAUCCGAUUCACCAUUUUCAUUACGGAAUAAUGAAUCGAAUAUUAUCGUCGAUCGUCGUUGUCAAACGGAUAGAAUAAUAACGGUGGAUGAAAAUUGUCCAAUAGAAAAACCACGUAAACAAGUAUCAUUUAUGAAUGAUCAUUUAUAUUAUUCACAUUCAAAUGAUGAUAUGAUUUUGAAUGAUUAUGUAACAAAAUUAAUUCAUGAUGAUGAAAAAGAUUUAAUUAUUGAUGCAUCCAAUGAUGAUGAUGAUGAUGAUGUUGGUAAUAAUGAUCAAUCGAUAAAUCAUCAAAUUGAAAAUUUGGAUAUGAAAAAUUUAGAAUCAAUAUUCAGUGAUGAUUGCGAUGAUGAUAAUGAGGAUUUGAAUCUCAGCGAUCAUUCAUCGGUAACUUUAUUAUUCAACGAUGAUUCGGAUGAUGAUGAUAAUCACGAUGCUGACCAUCAUAAUGAUGAUGAUGAUAAUGAUGCUGAAAAACAAUCGCCAAAUAUUGUUGAAAUUACAGAUGAUUCUGAUAAUGAUCAACAACCAAAACAACAACAGCAACAGCAAAUUGUAUCAACACAAUCUUCGAUUGAUUUUGGAUCGGAUAGCGAGGAUAAUUUUAUUCAACCACCAUUUCGUGAUCGUUGUCUUUCAUUAUGUUCGGCUACAACAAUGAUGCAUCAAACAGAAACUAGUCCAAAAUUAACAAGUAAUUUUUUAUCCUGUCAUCAUCAUCAUCGACAAAAUUUUCAUUAUCAUCAUGAACGUCGAUCAUCAAUUUCAUCAAAUGAUUCGAUUUAUUCGAUAAUAUCGAUACCACCAUCAUCAUCAUCAUCAACAAAUCGUAAUCGUUCGAAUACUAUAUCAGUAACCAGUGAUUCACAAUCAAAACGUUUUAUAAAAUUUGAUCGUUAUAAAACAGAAUUAUGUAUUUAUAAAUCAGAAAUAGGUGAAUGUCCAUAUGGUGAUCAAUGUUGUUUUGCACAUGGUCAAGAUGAAAUAAGACCUAGACCAUUACAUGAUUGUAAAGAACGUACACAACCAUGUGAAUCAUUUUCAAAAGAUGUUUGUUAUCGUGGUUCAAGUCGUUGUUGGUAUUUACAUCCAAAAUCUGAAUAUAAUUUUGAACGUUUAAAAAACAAUCUUCAACAAUGGUUAUUUAAACAAAAAUUUCAACCAGAAUUAUUUAAUAAAUAUUCAUCGGAUUGGUUUGAAGAUGAUUGGAAUCCAAAAUUUUCUAAUCCUCACGAUUAUCAAUCAAUAAUUGAUCAACCAUUUACUGAUGAUGAUAAUGUUAAUUUUGGUGAUAAAGAACUUGAUGAACAUUUUGCUUUUCAUCGUGAUUAUUAUUCAAUUUAUAAGGAAAUAUUAAAAUCAUUAUCGAUGGUUGAAAAAAAAUCAUCACCAUCAUCAACAACGGAUAUAUUAUUGAAAACAGACGAUCCAGUAAUAAUGAAUAAUUAUAAAACCAAAUAUGAUUAUCCUUGGUCACAAGCUGGUGCAAAUAAACUAGAUCAAACGAUUCUUCAUAGUUUUUAUUCGGUUCCAUUUAGUUCAUCAACAACAACAACAACAACAACAACAGCAACAACAACAUUAUCGGAACAUCAAACAACAAUCUGUGAUAAUUCGGAAACGGGUAAAAAAAAUGAUUUAAAUGAUUCAGAAGAAUCAUUAUUAUUGAAUGAAAUAUCUCGUCUAAAUAUGGAUUAAUUCUCGAAUUGAACGUGCGCAUUUGUGAAUUUGUGAAUGAUUUUAAUUUUCGUAAACAAACAGCCCUCUGAAGAAGAAGAGCAACAAAUUCCGCCAAAAGUUAUAU